UGGGGCCUAUGAAGAAGGGGUUUCACUCUAAUCCAGAAACAACAUUCAUUUCUCAUCGAAAUCAAUGGAAAAGCUUCCUUCUUUCCUCCUGAUUUAUUUCUCAAUCUACAUAAUUUCACUCAAGCUCUCAUCUUCUCAGCCCGCCUAUACCUAUCCCGAUCAAUACUUCAUAAAUUGUGGGUCUAAUUCGAACAUCAAUUUCGGUCCAAAGACCUUCAUCGGCGACGUAAAUCCUCCUAACUCUGUCUCCGUCGCCGGCAAAAGUCAAACAGUCAGCACCAGCUCAACGACGACCACGACGACGCUCUAUCAAACAGCAAGAGUCUUCACAGAAACAUCCUCGUACGAGCUAGAUAUAACCGACAAUGGAAUCCACAUCGUACGUCUCCAUUUCUUCGCCUUUUCAUCUUCCUCACACGACCUUUCCCAAGCACAGUUCGACGUUUCAGCUUCUGGGUUUUAUCUCUUGUCAAAUUUCUCCGUUAAAACCUCGUCGCCUGUAAUCAGGGAAUUCCUGCUCAAUAUCACUACGGUAGGGAAAUUCGAGAUAUUUAUCAUACCUCGAACUAAUUCAUUCGCGUUUAUUAGCGCAAUCGAAGCCUUUCAAUCCCCACCAAGUUUAAUCACUACCGCUUCAGGAGGCAACGGCUCUGCUCAAAACGCGCUGCAGAAUCACGUUCUUGGCGUUAUUCAUAGAAUCAAUGUUGGGGGUCCUUUUCUUAAUGCCGAAAACGAUACGAUCGGAAGGAAUUGGUUGCCCGACGAUGAAUAUUUGUCAACAAAGAGUUCUGUCCAGAACCGUGGUCCUAGUAAUGUUCUGUAUGGAACAGCUGAUCAAUUCAAUGCUCCAGUUCCCAUCUAUAGUACAGCAAAAAUGAUGAAUCAAACCUCAGAUAUUCUAGGUGGAUUGACCUUCUUCAACAUAACAUGGCGAUUUAACGUCAGCAGGAACUCUCCUCACUUUAUCCGAGCUCAUUUCUGCGACAUCGUUAGCCCUUCUGUCAGCACCCAGACAAAGUUCAAUCUCUACAUCUAUGAAAGAAAUGGGUAUCUCGUUUUCCCUUAUGAUAUUAAUAUGACACUAGCAGUUCCUUUCUAUUUCGAUUUUGUGAUUGAUUCGGAUGAUUCCGGUAUAAUUCCGAUAAGUAUUGGCCCUCCUGGUAAUAAUACAGCUUUUCUGAAUGGAUUAGAGAUUAUGGAACAAUUGUCUGUAACUUCCCCUUCGUUUCAUGUAAAUAAAACGAACAAAAGCAAAUCCAACACGGGUUUGAUCGUCGGAGGCAUUGUUGGAGGAGUUGCAAUCUUGGUAAUUUUGGCGGGGGCUGCGUUUUUUAUACUGAGGAAGAAGUAUAGUAAAGCAAAACCCACGGAGAAUGUUGAUAUUUGGCAGGGAAUUACUCCUCACGGGGGUGGGAGUUCUUACAGCCGAAUCUCUGAUGGAACACUGAAUCUCGGUUUGAGAAUGUCGUUUGCGGAUAUUGAUUUCGCGACUAAGAGUUUCGAUGGGAAGUUAAUAAUUGGAGAAGGUGGUUUUGGAAAAGUUUAUAAAGGGAUUAUGAGGGAUGGAAGUAAAGUCGCGGUGAAAAGAAGUGCUCCUGGUCAUGGUCAAGGACUUCCUGAGUUUCAAACCGAGAUCAUUGUCUUGUCGAAGGUUCGUUAUCGCCAUCUGGUUUCGUUGAUUGGUUAUUGCGACGAAGGGUCAGAGAUGAUAUUGGUUUAUGAGUUCAUGGAGAAAGGAACUCUUCGAGAGCAUUUGUAUUCAUCGAGUGAAGGGAGUUCGGACAAUAAAUGGUGUCCCACAUCUGAAUUAUCGUGGACUCAGAGACUCGAUAUUUGCAUAGGCUCGGCCAAGGGUCUACAUUAUCUCCACACGAGCUCAAACAAUGGGAUUAUUCAUCGGGAUGUGAAAUCUACUAAUAUCUUGCUCGACGAGUUCUAUGUUGCGAAAGUGGCGGAUUUUGGUUUGUCUAGAUCAGGGGCGAACGAUCAGACUCAUGUCAGUACUGAUGUGAAAGGGAGUUUCGGUUAUCUCGAUCCUGAGUACUUUAAAUAUCUCCAAUUGACUAAAAAAUCCGACGUUUACUCGUUCGGGGUGGUUCUUCUUGAGGUGUUGUGCGCGCGACCGGCUAUUGCCAUGGCUCGCCCAAGAGAAGAGGUGAACUUGGCGGAUUGGUUUGUGUCCUGUCAUAAGAAAGGGGAGGUGGAGAAGAUCGUUGAACCUUCUCUUGUUGGCAAGAUUAACCCGAAUUCUUUAAGGAAGUUUGCGGAAACUGUGGAUAAGUGUUUGAAGGAAUAUGGUGUGGAGAGGCCUAGUAUGCAUGAUGUGUUAUGGGAUUUGGAGUAUGUUUUGCAGCUCCAACAAACGGUUAGGACACGGGAAGCUCAUGAAGACAGCACUUCGGAUGUGUCAUGGGGGAUGGCUUUGCCUGCGGUUCAACGUUUGCCUUCUUUGAACGAUCCAAUCGACGAAGAUGAUGAAAGCGGAAUGAUGGAUACGUCGAUUCCCAUGAACGCUAGCGAGGUUUUUUCGCAGUUGAAGCUUGGCGGUCCAAGAUAAGUUUGUCCACUAUUCCAUCUUUUUAAAUUCUGUAACAUGUUUUACUAUGUUGUUAUUGGGUAUUCUAAGUGAUUUUAUUCUAAAUAAAUUUGUGUUAUUAAUUAAGCAUUAUUUGUCUCUUAAUAUAAUCUGAAAUGGGGGUAUGUUGAAAUGUAAAGCUAAUAUAUAUAUUUCAUUCUGAACAUGCAAACAAACAAUGACUAUUACAUACAACAUACAAUUUGUAUUUACACAAGUACAUACAUAGUAUAUAUAGUGAUCA